ACUUCAGCUUAUAAAGACUACUUACAACCUAUGAUCCUUUAUACACUUGUAGAACCAUUAUGAUAAACACCAUAUUCUUGAUUAUUUAAAUUUUCAAUAUUUGAAUUUAAAAUACUUGUAGGCUAUUGAGAAGGAUAAAGGUAAAGGUAAAAAAGGAGGAAAGAAGGGAAAGAAAGGGAAAAAUGGAAAUAAAGGAAAAGGGAAAAAGAAAAAAGGAGAGAAAGACCUUACGCCCGACAGAACUAUUGAAAGUCUUUAUGAAGAAUUGGCUGGAGAAGGUGUUGUAAUGAAAUGUCCAAAAUAUCAUCUAUCAGAUUAUAUUGGAGACUUUAGUUAUUUAGCUACCACACUGCGUCAGAUGCCUGCUGAUCCUAACAACACAGACAAGAAUGCAGAGAAGAUUGAGCCAAUGCCUUCACUAGCUGACAUUAAGAGAGUCCUAACUGAACACUGUAUACUACCACUAGGAUCACAGGCAGCUCAUGAGAAGGCUCCACACAUCAAGUCUGUGAUGAUAACUGGCCCCAGAGGGACUGGAAAGAAGAGUCUGGUUCAUGCUAUAUGCACUGAGACUGGGGCCAACCUCUUCAACCUCACGCCCUCUAAUGUGGCGGGGAAAUUCCCAGGAAAAGCUGGACUGAACAUGCUCCUGCACAUGGUCUUUAAAGUACGCUAAUGAUAAAAAUAAAAG